AUGACUUCUUUUAGUCACAAGUUAAAGUUAAAUCCUCGAGCAAAUGUUUUCAUUAUGGUCAAUUUGGGUUGUGAAAUGUUGUUUGUAAUCGACCAGCGUUUGAAGGCGCAACAAAUUGCGCUUGACAAGUCGAUACAAGUUAUUCACGAUGUCACGGCCGUACUGUUGGAACCCAAAUUUAUUGACUCCCUUAUAGUGGGCUCCACCCAACCAAGUGCUCAAUUGUUAACCGAAGAUCACUGUAAAUUUAUGCUCAAAGAUAUAGCAACCUGUUCGUUAAUGCGCUUAGAUGAUGUGUCCAUGGAUAAGUUGUGGAAUCUAAUGACAAUGAUUUACAAAUGGCAAUUAUUUCAAACCAAACAACAAUAUCAUCUCAUGGAUAUCACUUUCAGGCAUCUGCAGGCCAUUGGAAAUUUCUAUCCCGAUGAAAAACGCUCAAUGUUAAUAGAUUUUACCAAAAAUACUCUAUUAGAUUUUUGGAAUUCGUGCACGGAUGAAGAACAAGAAUCUGUAUAUAGAACGAAUAAGGCCUGGUUGGAGUUGUUUAAUACGAAAAUAUCAUUAUUAAUAAGACUGGGUUUUCAGGCCUUAGAUGGCACUUUCAUUCGAGAUGUGGAAGCCUUAUACUAUCAGGAUUUUAAAGAUUGUAUAGGUGAUAAUAUUUAUAUAAAAAGUGCCGAAAUAGCGGAGAUUAAACGGCAGCAGAUCAAUGAGAAGGGGGUGCACAAUACAGUGAAUCAAUUGGCGGAGAUGUUAAAUUUUCCACAGACUUCAACAUCUGCGACGGAAGCAGUAUCCCAUACAGAUGACUUUAAACCCAUAGAUGUUCAGGAAAUUCAAAAGAAAUUUGAACAAAAUCUACAGCAAUGCAAUAUAUUAUUUGAAGACUUAGAUGUAAAUGGUGUAUUUAAUCGUAAUACAUCAGCCUGCUCUUCGGCCCAGCAAACAGGCGGCUUUGUACACCUACAACCAGUUUACAACAAACAACUGGAGGUUAGUACUUCACAAGGUACAGCUACAUCAAAUACAUACUUUCAAACAAAUGCUCAACUGCCUUUAAAUAAACCCGAGAUAUCUGACACAGCGCUAACAAAGGAUCUAAUGGAUUUAUAUAGUAAUAUUAAUUAA